UGACCCGGCAGCUUUUCGCCUAUUGUAUUCAGGGCCAUUAGCCUUUAAGAAACUAAACCUCAACACAAACUCAAUGAAAAACUGAGCAUGAAUUGGGGGCCUAAAAAAAAAAUGUGGCACCUACAACCCCUAACCUGAAAGAUUAAUUCCUCUGCCUUCAAACCACCAGGGUCGAUAGGGCGAUUCUCGCACAUGCAGGGAAGCGACUAAUCCCAAACACGACCCAUCACGGUCAUUUUCAAGGACACCUGCCCCUAAGGGCACACGCAGAAAGACACCACACUUUUGUCAGUGCUUGCUGCGCGCACAGGGCCGUAUGUAAAUGACGUGACUUUCAGGGUCGUUUCUGAUUGGCAAAACCUCAGGCCUCGUCACCAAUAGAAGCAGCCAAUGAGGUACAAGGAUGCAAAGUGCCUCUGUCCCACUGGCGACUGCUGCAGGCAUGGCAGCGCCCAAUGGCAGGGCUUGGAGCGCGCACUCUACAUUGCUUAUAAAACCCCACGCCUCGGUGGAGCAAGUCUUUUAGACCACGCCGUUUAGACGCCAUGUCCGGGCGAGGAAAGCAGGGAGGCAAGGCGCGCGCCAAGGCCAAAAGUCGCUCCUCCCGUGCGGGGCUGCAGUUCCCAGUGGGGCGCGUCUACCGUCUCCUCCGCAAAGGCAACUACUCGGAGCGCGUCGGGGCCGGCGCGCCCGUGUACCUGGCGGCCGUGCUCGAGUACCUGACGGCCGAGAUCCUGGAGCUGGCGGGCAACGCGGCCCGCGACAACAAGAAGACGCGCAUCAUCCCGCGCCACCUGCAGCUGGCCAUCCGCAACGACGAGGAGCUCAACAAGCUGCUGGGCCGCGUGACUAUCGCGCAGGGCGGCGUCCUGCCCAACAUCCAGGCGGUUCUGCUGCCCAAGAAGACCGAGAGCCACCACAAGGCCAAGGGCAAGUGAGGCGGCUCACCGGCCGCCCGGGCUCCCGGCCCCAGAAACCAAAGGCUCUUUUCAGAGCCACUCAAAUUGCCAGGAGAAGAGCUGGUGAUUUUUUUUCUUUUUCCUGUCUUUAUGCUGUCUUUGCACUGAAGAGAGUGAGCGCAGAUGGCUACGUGACUGAAGUUGCUUUCGCUCUAAAUAGCCUAGGCCAAUCAACGUUGGCGUAACGCAAGCAAUUUCGAUUGGGUCCACAGUGCCCUCUGGUUUCGUGGACCCGGGUGGAUGGGGGGUAGUGGGGUGAAUAAGGUGGUUAUACUGGGGUACUUAAAUUGCCGUUGAAGGGAUGCCUCCCUCACCCCCAAUUGUAGCCUGAACGUUGCUGCCCAGACCAGAGGUCAUGUGGUAGGAAAGAUCUUGGCUCAGGGCUUGUUUCUGCCGGGGGUCUCCCUCCUCCUGGUUCACUUAGGCCUCUGCCCCCAAGUCUAGGAUAUAAACCCUGCCUUUCUUUUUUAACAGCUGCCAGUGGGGUCUACUUCCCACUCACAGCCCCCCCGCCCCAAUGUGUGUCAGAGUAGAACCGUGCACCACAGGGCUGGUUUUUCUGAGGUAGAUCAAUAGGCCUUCAUCUCAAGGCAUCUCUGGGUGGACUCGAACUUACAACCUUUCAGUUAGCAGCCCAUGUCCCCGUGGCAUUGUAAGCCGCGCAACUCAGAACCCUCCUAAUCAAGCAGAUCUCGAUCCUUUGAAGCGCCAGUGGCCUCUGUGAAGUCUGGCAGCACUGACACCCUCCGCCACCCCUCCUUAGACGAGUUCCAUCCGGGAAUCUCAAGUCCACUGCCUCUGCAGUCGGUGAGUCCUGGUUGGGAUGAGGGAGACAAAGUCCAGGGAAGAGAGAAGUUCGGCAGAAAACUUCCAGCUUCCAGGAUGAUUUUUGUGUGCAGAAAGGUCGUAACUUUUUAGCAGGAACCCAGGUGGCCUCCUUUGCUGCUAACCCCAGGCGCCAGACAAGCAGAUCUGAGCUUUCCCCCAGAAUCUUCCCUUCAUUUGGGAUCCGUGUCGGGCAGUUCUGAACUUGAACAGCGGAUGAAAGGUCUCCAGGUACGUGUUAGUCCGGGUUGAGAGUCAGCUAAGAAACCUCGGAACACAGAGCAACUGGGCUGCCUGCAGAAAAGCCUUUCAGAGAAGUUUAGGGUUCCAUUCCUCCUGCUUGCUCCUUGUCUCCCAGCUCUCCACUGAGACACCCCUUCUGCGUUGUACAGGUGGGUCCCUAGGCCAGAGACUUUCUGAAAGGUUUAUUGACCUGGGUCAUAGCUGCUGGACUGCCUUGCCCAGGUAGGUUUCGGCUAACUUUUUUUUAAAAUAAACAGCUACUUGUUUUUUUUUUUUCUAUGGCUUUUUCUUUCUUUUUUAAAAUUUUUAUUUUAGGA